AUGGCUUUACCAGGCAGUCAUAAGACCAAUAAUAAGCUACGGCGCGAUAUUAUGGUGGCCACGCACCAAACUACCAUCAUAGUAGAGGCUAAACUACAACGACUCCAGAGGUUGGCAUGUAUGGCGACAACGGGCUGCACGAGGACAACACUAACCGCAACCCUGGAAGCCUUACUGGGCCUGCCGCCGCUGCACCUCUUUAUACAACAGGAAGCGCUAGCUGCGGCGUUCGUCUUCGACAAGAAAUACAAAAUACAAUUACACGAAGAACCCCAUGAAGGACUCAACCCAAGAGAGCUGAGAAUCUUCACGGACGGAUCAAAGACAAGGUCAGGCACUGGCGCUGGGGUUUUCUCAGAGGAGCUAAACAUACACAUCUCGACACCACUUGGUGCCCAUAACACAGUCUUCCAGGCGGAAUGUAUGGGCAUCAUAAUGGCAGCACACGCAAUCGCCUCAAGGGAAGUAAUGGACUACCCCAUCCGCAUACUCUCUGAUAGUCGAUCAGUACUACAAGCUCUACAAAGUUAUACUUUCACUUCAGGGCUAAUCUACGAAUGUCAUAAAGCUCUGUCAGAGGUAUGUACCACCAAUGGCGUAUCUCUGCAGUGGAUCAAAGGACACAUCAACUCACGAGGUAACGAUGCAGCCGACAUCUUGGCGAGAGGAGGCUCGGAACUGGAGGUGGCAGGACCUGAGCCAAUCCUACCUCUGUCAUAUGCCUGGCUCCGGAACAUGCUGCGACACAGUAGGCGACCAAGGCAGGCGAAGGAAGCCCUCCCGAUACUCAACCCCAAUCUGUCGCGGAGGCUGCGACAGCUGAAGAGACUACAGCUCCGGCUUAUAGCUGAGACCAUGACUGGCCACGCCUCAUUUAACAAGCACCUAUUAACCCUACGUGUUACAGAUAGCCCUCUCUGCAGAGCAUGCAUGGAGGCAGAGGAGACAGCCGCCCACGUCAUUCUCGAAUGCCCAGGGGUGGCAGAAUACCGGGCACAACUCCUCGGCUCGCCGGGGUCUCUCCCAGAAGUCGUCGGCAACGUCAAGGGUCUGCUAGGCUUCUUGGUAGAGUUGGGUUGGCAAGAAUAG